CGGCCGGACCCCGCCGCUUUCCCGAUGCUGCUCGUGGACGCCGACCGGCCGGAGCCGCUGCGCAGCGGGGCGCGCGAGCUCGCGCUCUUCCUGACUCCCGAGCCGGGGGCCGAGGCAAAGGAGGUGGAGGAGACCAUUGAAGGGAUGCUCCUCAGGCUGGAAGAGUUCUGCAGCCUGACUGACAUGAUCAGGACUGACACUUUGCAGAUCUUGGAGGAAAAUAUCCCGCUCCUUAAAGCCAAAGUGACAGAAGUGAGUGGCAUUUAUGCCAAAGUGGACCGGCUAGAGGCCUUCGUCAAGAUGGUGGGGCACCACGUCGCCUUCCUGGAAGCCCAUGUGCUCCAGGCUGAGCGGGACCACGGGGCCUUCCCGCAGGCGCUGCGACGGUGGCUGGGCUGCCCAGGGCUGGGCUCCUUCAAGAGUAAACUGUCCACCCCGGUGUCCCCACCCUACGAGCUGCCCAAGCUGUACAGGACGGAGGACUAUUUCCCCGUGGAUGACAGGGAGGCCACGCGCCACACGCCUUAG